GGGGGUGGCGCAUUCUUGACAGCGGCGGCGGCGGCGGCUGCUACUGCCAGGCGCUGAGGGAGAGCGGCCGCCUCUUCUUCACACCACAGAGGAAAUAGCGGGAGGAGGCGGCGGCGGGCUGCUGUCUCUUGCAGACAUUUCAGGCAGGACUGGAGAGAGAGAGGAAGCGAAAGGCACGGGCAGAACAUGCCAGGCGCCCUGGCGAAGAGAAGCCGCCUUGCUCUGGGCUGAGGGAAGAACUCCACGACCUGAUAGUUCCUCCCUCGCCUCUCUGCUCCGAGCCGGCAGAGGAACGGGCUGCUACUCGGGAGUCGGACACACCUCCUCCAGGGGGCUCCGCUCGGCUUCCCGGCUGCGGAGCGAGCGGCGCCUCGGAGCCCCGGUGGGUGGGCGGGCCAAGAGAGCAAGCGACCCGCGCGCCGAGGGAGCCCGGCUGGGUCGGCGCCCAGCAUGGAGAGCAAGCGCUGCUUCGCCAACCGCUUCGACGACUACAAGGGCAGCCUGCUGGCCGGGCAGGGCAAGGAGGCGGUGGCGCCCUUGGUGACGGCCACGGUGGACCGCAUCCUCAAAGAGGUGCCCCCGCUGGGCGGCGCCGAGGCGGCGGGCGGCCUGGGAGGCUGCCAGGGCGGGCUGUACGGCGGCGUGGCCGGCGUGGCCUACAUGCUGUACCACGUCGCGCAGUGCCCGCUCUUCGCGCCGGCCCGGGACUCGUACCUGCGCGCCGCCAAGCAGCUGGUGGACGCCUGCGUGCGCUACGAGGAGGACUGGGCCGACGCCGACGCCGACACCCGCGCCGCCUUCCUGCUGGGCGGCGCCGGCGUCUAUGCCGUGGCCGCGCUCGUCUACCAGGCGCUCGGGCUGCCGGACUGGGCCAGGCCGCUGGGCAAGUUCCGCGAGCUGUGCGAGCUGUGCGCCCCGCUCACCUUCCUCGACUGCGGCUCCGACGAGCUCUUCGUGGGCCGCGCCGGCUACCUGUGCGCCGCCCUGGUGCUGAAGCAGAAGCUGGGAUUGGAGGUAGCCUCGAGUCCCUGUCACGCGCCACACUCGCUCUUUGCCUCGCCUUAGGACAGGGGUUCCCAAACUUGUGGUUUUGGAACUACAACCCCCAUCAUCCUUAGCUAGCAGGACCAGUGGUCAGGGAUGGUGGGAACUGUAGUCCAAAAACAGCUGGAGACCCAAGCUUGGGAAACCCGGCCUUAGUACUUCUUCCUUCCUUCCUUCCUUCAUUUCCCUGCAGUAGGCAUGUGAGCCUGGUGCAGCAAAACCUGCAGAGAGUCUUGUGGCACAUUAUAAACACAUAAGCCUUCAUGGGCUAGAGUUCAUCAGAUCUGAGGAACUGGACUCUCAUCCAGGAAAGCUUAUACCAACUUUAAAAAUAAUUGGCCUUUAUAAGCUGCACCAAGGUUCUCUGUUGAGCUUUGGUGAAGGGUAAAAUGACUUUCCUGGAUGCAAGAGAGAAGGUAUUGGCUUGUUUCCACACAGGUCAUCCCACUCUUUUGGGAUGUUCUUUGCUCCUGCCUUCACAGUUCUGGAUGUGAUAUUUGAUCUUUUUGUCUUUACAAACCACUGAAACUUGGUUCAUGCGUUUAGCCUUGUAGAAAUGGAAGGUGUGCAAGGUGCGUGCAAGAUCAUGCUCUAUUCUUGACUUUCCCAUAUUUACCCAAACUUGUAGCUCUUUAAAGAUAUUCUAACCUUGUAGAAGGCAGAUGCUACCUUGAAAAAUGUGUGUUUGUCUGAACAUCAGCAGCAAUGGAUUCAAAUCACAUGAAAGGGAAUUCCAACUGAACAUCAGGAAGAUCUUUCUGACAGUAAGAGCUGUACAACAAUGAAACAGACUCAUUUGGAAGGUGGUGGACUCUCCUUCCAUGGAGGUUUUUAAGCAGAGAUUGGAUGGCCAUGUAUGAUCUAGUUGAGAUUCCUGCAUUGCAGGGAGUUGGACUAGAUGACCCUUGUGGUCCCUUCCAUCUCUAUUAUUCUAUUAUUCCAAGCUCUAUGCACUUCCAAUUGAUUUAUAGACAUUCUGAUGUUCAUAGGCACGUAGGUUGGUAGCAGAACUUGCUACUACACCCCCUUCCAUGCACACAUGUAUUUGUUCUGUACUGCAGCAUGCCUGUGAAGCAGGGAUAGGGAACCUGCGACCCUCCAGAUGUUGCCGUGCCACAGCCCUCUUCAUCCCUGACCAUUGGUCAUGCUGACUAGGAUUGAUGGGAGUUGGGAUCCCCACAUCUGGAUCCUUUAAAGGGUUUGUGGAUAGUGUCUAUAUGUGUACAGGUUGAACUUAUGUAGGUUUUGUGCACAGGUUCAAGAGAACCCAUGGUAGUUGGCGACAGGAAUGGUGGGCAUGAUUCAACUCUUCCACUCUACAUGCCCAUUUCUAUAUGAUGAUGAGUGCCUGAAAAGACUUUUCCUUCUUACUAGAGGUUCUCCAGAAUAAAUAAUUUGGUGUCUUCCAGCCUUAACUUUGUUGCCUUAAUCUUGCUUCCCCUCCCUAAUAUCUUGAACGCAAGGGUGCAGUUGUUUCCUCCUCAAGGUGACAACAUCUGGGACAGGAAAGGAAGUGUGAUCUCUUAAGCAAUUUUGCGUUUGCAACCUCUUAUUUCCUUGCUCCACAAACAGGUGGAUGGAUAUUCUGACCUAAUAUGGGGUAAGGCGCAAGGGGCUUCAUUCAGAAAAGCCAAGAGGCACAAUUGCUCUAAAGCCUCAAAAUCUGUUAUCUGAAGGGUUUGUCUGGAGGCAAGCAGUGAAGAGUGCUUCAAACACAAAGGAAAAAGCUGCACAGUGAAUUGGUUCCAGAUAUUUAUCAGGGAAGUGUCUUUCAAUGCUUCUUGAAAAAUGCUUGGGGCUACUUCUCUUCCAGCUCACCUAAGCAGCCCCUGGACUUUUUCAUUGGUAUUGGGGGGGGGCAGUUAAAUACUUAACUAUCUGAGGUUCUGCACCCCUGACAUAAAGCCUGGCUACACCCAUGGACUUUUUCCAUCUGGGCUGGGGCAGCAACUCUUUAGCCUCUGUUGCAGAGAUGGGGAAUCUGUCCCCCUCCAAGUCUUGGACUGCAACUCACAUAACCCUUCAUGGUUGGACAUACUGGCGGGUGCUGAGGAAAGCUGAACCACAUCUGGAGAGUCACAGGUCCCCCAUCUCUGUUCUGUUGGCUUGGGCUGGUAUGUGUUUCUCAACUGUACCAGGUAGCCUAUUCUUCUACCCCAUUCUUGAGGGGAGAUUGAUUAUACUGGGAACACUUGGCUAACCCUUUUUUUUGGAUGUAGAAAUGGUGACUCACUGAUCACUUUCACUUUUCUUCAUCUCAGGGGCUCAAUUUUAGCAGAAACCUAGUGUUACAACGAUGGAAGUUUCAUAUAUAAGUAGAACUGACAGGUCAUGGAGAGAACAGGAUGUGAAAUUAAGGACAUCUGGUUUUUGGUCUCGGAGCAGUGCUUUUCUGAAAUAUGGGACAUUGCUAUAUAUUUAGAGGUAGCCCUUGAAAUAUGGGAUAUCCAUAUUCAAGUGUAGUUGUGGUAUAAGUGAUGUGAGAAUCACCCUCUUGAUACCACAUGCUGAAAUUACAAGAUACAAGACACUGUGUUGUGACGCACAUGUUUGUUUGGAAAUUCAUCUUGUCUUGCUUCCUGAUGUUAGUGUGUGCAGGAUGAAAUAUUCCUAGUUUGAGAAGCACUCAAUCAGUAAUUCAGCUACUAUUGUAAAAGUCAAUUAGUUAUAUAAGAAUCAACAAAGUUUACUUACACAACAUCUUCAAAUCUUUCUUGUUUAAAUUUACUUUUAAGUUCUCUCCCACCACCAUAAAAAAACUGAUAGAAAGUGAAUGAACACUAGGUUUAAAAUAGGUGUACACUUGUGCUAUAUAGUAUAAAGCUAAGUGUAGAUCAGUUUAGGUUCAGAUUUUGGUUUUGGAUGAAAGUGGUUUAGGGAUGAGCGACUUCACAACAGUUAACUACAGAUUCUGCAUAAAGUUGGUUAUUGGUUUCCAUGAUAAUGAUUAAGAUUGUGUGUCUCCAAGUCAUCAUCAGUAUUCCUGUUUACUAUACCCUGUUCCCUCUCCUUGGAUUCUAUUUUAUAGGAGGCUUGGUUAUAAAUAAAUCAAAUAAUUCAUUGGACACUUUAUUCAGUUUAUAUCAACAUUUGUCAAAACAAAGGAAUGACUUCAGGAGGCUGCAGUCUAGCAAAACUAAUAAUAAUAGUGUUCUUCUAGUUCAUAUAGAUUGUUUUCAUAAACCACUUUGAGUUUAAUUCUUUAAAAAGUGACUAAUAAAUAACUGUGAGCAUAGAAUAUAAUAAAAGCAUUGCCCUUUACUUUAACAGUUUUUAUUAACACAGCCACUUGCAUGUUGGGUGCUGAUUAAUCAAUUCCUCCCAACUUGUUGCUUUAGAGGAAGAAAUAAAUAGUGGAAGUUGCAGACCAUGGAAAUCAUUACAAAGGCAGAUUUAACACACAUAAAUAGGUUUAGGUUUUGUCUUUGGUAUGUGGUGUGCAUGACCAUAUUAACCAAACUAUUCACUGACAAUAUUGCAAGAAAUGUUUGCAUAUGUUUCCCCCCAAAAAAUAUAUGAUCUUCUGUGACUAGACCUUAGACUAGGAUGUGUGAGCUGCUUACUAAGAUUUUCCCCAUUUUCCAGCCACAUAACUGCAUUAAUUUUAAAUGGAAAUUGCAGUUAAUCCCACAUAUUGUUAAGAGCCGUUACUUCCACUUAGGACUCACAGCCCUAAGAAUGUGGUCUGCAGGGGAUUUGAUUUUAUAUUGUGAGAAGGCUGAACAUGAGAAUUUAUAUUUUAUUCAUCUAAAUUAGGCACCCCAUAUGCCAUAAUAGACUUUUUAAUACCAAUAUAAUUGCAUUCACACCAGGGAAUUGCACCAGCAGAACUGCUUCAAUUUUGACAGCAUAAAAUCUCCGGUCUAGGGCAGCAUGAAAAAUAACUUUCUAACAUUUACGACUGGUUUAAGUUACUGUACUGCUUAUAGCAUUAACAGCAUAAUAUAUUUUAUAACUGCAGCAUUUUGCAUCUGUAAAUUUUAAGCAGCAGGAGCUCAGUGGUUUAUUAUUGGCAGUGUACAUCAUUAAGCCCAGUGUAGAGAGCCAUUUUGCCCUUGAGCUAGUCAGGGGGCAUGAGCAGUGCAGUGGCUCAGGAGGGGAGCUUGGUUUGGGGCAGUCUGAGCUUAAACUCACAUUAGCCAUUAAUUCACUAGAUAACCUUUAGAUAAGGCUGUGUCUCUUUCCUUCAGUCCUGCUCCCCUCCAACUGUAGUAUUAGGAUACUGUUACUCACGGUACCUAUCUUAGAGGGUAAAGAUGACUGGAAUAAUGUGCUUUAAGUGCUUUGAGCACUAUAAAGACAUGUAUCUACAACAUUAUCUGGCUCAGAUUUCUCUGCAGGGUGGGUAGCCAAUGUGGUGACCUCCAUUUGUUGUUGAGCUACAGCUCCUGUCAUUCCUAACUACAGACCAUGUUCGCUAGGGCUGAUUGGAACCUUUGUCCAUCAACUCCAGAUGGAUGCUAUGUUGGCUGCCCAUCUCUGGACAGCUUCCUUACAGUAUCAGUAGGUACAUAGUAUGUUCUCCAUCAUGUGUAAAAGGCAAAUGCUCCUUUGUUUUUUAACAAUGGGUCAAACUAGGUGUGACAUUUGCAUAGCUGCUCUCCUCUGCCGCUGCCCCUGCACUUAAUUGCAUAGCUGGCAUUGGAGCCUCAAGAUGGAUUGACACUGGUGGUGCAAGAGGAAGAGGGUGUUAACCCUUUGCCCCUGCUAUAGUCCAUAUUGUAAUAGAGGCCUUUUGAACCUACUAUUCACAAUGGGAGGAAAGCUGCUGUUGGCACCAGUCUAUCAUGCGUGGUUUGGCCAUGUCUGUACAGAUCUACCCUCCAACAUUUCUCUGAUAAAAAUAGGGACAUCCCAUUCCAUACCUUCCAACAUUUCUCCUAGGAAAAAAGGGACGUCCUAAGGAAAAGCGGGACAUUCUGGGAUCCAGUCAGAAACCGGGACUCCUUCUGUAAAUCCGGGGCUGUCCCUCAAAAAUAGGGACGCUUGAAAGGGUCUGCAGGGGCCUGUUACCUAAAGCCAAAAAAGUAUGCAUCUCUUUCCCCAUGCCUCUGUCUCUUGGAUACAUUGUAUCUCCUUGCAUGCCUACUAAAUUUCCAGUGAGGAAUAUCUGUAAGUGAUUAUCCAUCAACACAGUUCAUUUUGGAAUAAUGAAAGUGUGGUUUUCUAGGCUUAAUCCUCAAAUGUAGAGGUUCUCAGUGGGAGUGAGGCUCCUAAUGUUGACAGCGCUGCCUGACUUAUCGCCCCCCCCCCAUCACCCUUUCCUUUGGGGCUAUGUUGGUGGCCAUCACUGACUUAUUGUGGGAGCAAAUUCUAUAUUUUAACAAUGUUGUGAGCCCAGUUCGGUGGUACAAAUGUGACAUGUUGGCUUUUACAUGUUAUUGUAAUUAUGACCAAUCCUGUGGCUGCAUGUUAAUUCUAUCAAAAUUCAUAAUGAGAGUUGGUUAAAUGAAUGUUAUGGGAUUCCUCAUUUCCUAAAAACUAUGUUGUAAAUAUUUUUAUAGCAUACGAUAAAACCCAUUUCCUAAAAACUAGAAGAAAUGUUAAUUGAAUUUUGGGUCACUUAAACUGAAUUCUGUUUGACACUAUUUAAGGUAGGACAGUUAGUAUAUGAAACAAUAAUUUCAAUUUUUAGCAAUAUUGUAAUUUUGCUGCCCACCUAACCUGCUGCCUGAGGAACAUGUCCCCUUUCCCGCUCUUAGAUCCUGCACUGAGACCAGUUGAGAAAGAACAAGGAAUUCGAAAAGCUAAUCUUAACAGAUGGCUUGUUAUCAAAAUGAAGGGCUGGUAUCCCAGGACAAAAGCUGAUCAUGGACAAACGCUCUAAUUUUAGCAACUCUGCGGGAGAUAUUGCAGAGUUUAAAAUACUGUAUUAACAUUUGAAAGUUUCAUAAUGGCAUGCAAGGCACAAAGCCCAGUCUCUGCACACCUAUUUGCAGCCACUUUUCCAUAAAGCACCUUUAGGUUCUACUUUGCCACUUGUUAGUUUCAGCCCCAGAAUGAAAGACUGACAGUCCUCGAAGGAGGUAACCUCAGCAAUCUUGCUCUGCAUCACAAGAGAACAGCAUGAAGAGAGGAGUACAGAUUUCCAUGCUGAUUCUAUUCUGCAUACAGAGAGCACUUCAAACCUAGCACUCCCUCUGAGCCAUAUGGCUGCUACAGAAGCACCAUUAUACAAUGUCACUUUAUCACAGAAGUGCUGAUAUAGUGCUGCUGUCAGGAUUUUCCUCCCCCAGGAUAGAAGAUUAAGUACCAGAGCUCAUAAAGUGUCAGGAGCACAAUUUAUUUUCUUUAAGAAUGUGCAAGUGUGGCAUGCAGAUUCUAAAAUUAUAAUACCCCCUAAAGAACUAAGCCGCUUCAAAAAUUGUAUACAUAGUACUGCUUGGUAGUGUUACUGUUGUAAACUAAAAUAUUAUGCCUUUUGAGACAGAGGGCAAACAUUUAAAUUAAUUAAAUAUUACAUGUACCUGUACAACCCUCCUUGUUGGAAGCUUGAAUACCUAUUGGAAGAUUGAUCCACCUGCGUGGUUGCCAAGUUGAGGCCCUGCAAGGACUAGGGAUGCAUUGAUCAACCUCUUUCUGCCCCACACCAAUGUUGUGUGUACACAUAUAUAUAACUAAUACAUACACACACACACACACACACACACACACACACUGGUACACUACUAGUACAUGCAGAAAAUGAAACCAAUGUCCAGCAUUUUGUGCGCUGAUUAGACUGAAGACUGAAAUAUUAGGAAUCCAUUCAAUCCCUCAUGCUUCUUCUACCCCAGGCCAAAAUUAUUCUGAAUAGCUUUUAUUCUGCAUUCAUGGAUACUGAUGUGCACCCAUGCUUGUGCUUCCUGACUCUUGUGUACUAGGGACUGCGGAGGCCUGCAUAAUUCUCCUUGAGAACACAAGCCACAAGCUACAAUUACUUAAUGCAAAUCUACUGUGCUUGUGAAAGAUGAAAAGUUUUUUUAAAAAAGAAAAAUCAGGCAAAUGUCUUCAGUAGCUUGGAGGUAUAUUUAAAAUUCAGCCAUAAUUAAACUCCAUUCAUUGUUUCUAGUCAUCCAAAUGCUUGCUGACCUUCAGUUAAUCUUAUGCACACUGUAUUCUGCUUGAGCAAAAUAUAAUUAAUUUUAUUUGCAAAAUAUGCAUUAAUUUAGUGAAUUCAGGGAUGCUAAUCUGUCGAAGAAUUACAAUUCUAAUGUCAUAUACAAAAAUAUUCUGAGCUAAGGAAUACAAAAAUUUUUGGAGCCUGCACACACAAUAUGGCAAGCUGCUUUCAUUCCCUUGAACAUGUACUGCUUAGUCCUACAACGUAUCUUCUGACAACAAAUUGGACUACAUAACAUCAGCCAUACUAUGAAGUGUUCAUCCAGCUGUACAUUCUCCAAUGUGAUCUAUGCCAUCACCUGUCAAUAGUAUCCUUCUGCUGUUUAUGUAAACCAAAUAGGUCACUCUCUACGCAAAACAGUAAACUGAAACAAAUUAGACAUUAAAAACAGCAGUAUUCAGAAAGCAGUGGGAAACCAUUUUACUUCGCUGCUGAGCUUAAAAGUCACCCUGCUUCAAUGAAACAGCAUCAACAAAGGGCCCCAGAAUGAAGAUGCAAAGUUAUAAUUCAUAAUAUUAAACCAUAUCUAAUUUCUGACUGUGCUGAUGAUCCACCAGUAUGUUGCUGCUUUGAACAAUGAGUCCCACAUUGCUUGACUCUUGCAUUUGUUUGAGCUCUGUCUUGGAAGGGGACAACUUGGAAAAGGUAAUUUUAUAUACAAAAUGGAAUGCGCAGCCAGAGGAAAACCCACAUCUCCCUCUGCACAGAACAACCCUCUAACCACAUUUCCUCAGGAGGAAACUGGAGAGUAGCUCAUGAUUAGGCCUUUAUAGUUUCCUGGGUAAAUCCUCAUGACAUCCCGACCCUAUAGCUCUUCACCUGAGAAAAGGGUAGAGUUUUCCCACAUAGAACAGAAGUCUGUACUGUUGCCCCUCUCUCCCUGAUUGUGAAUGCCACGCAACAAAUUUUAUGAAAUACCGGUAAAUUCCAUUUCUCGAUUCACACAUACUAAUUGUAUCUGAAAGAACGACUUAUCCUAAUCUUAUCAACAGAGUACCAUUGUUGGCAUCAAGAGACAAUGGAGUGCGCCUCCAGGGGCGAAGUCAAACUGCUGCGUUAGCAGCACUGAAGUGACCUCCCCAGGGUGCAAGCCUGGGCAGUGUGUAUUUAGAGCCUAGGGCUUGCCGAUCAGAAGGUCAGUGGUUCGAAUCCCCGUGACGGGGUGAGCUCCCGUUGCUUGGUCCCUGCUCCUGCCAACCUAGCAGUUCGAAAGCACGUCAAAGUGCAAGUAGAUAAAUAGGUACCACUCCCGCAGGAAGGUAAAUGGCGUUUCCGUGCACUGCUCUGGUUCGCCAGAAGUGGCUUAGUCAUGCUGGCCACAUGACCCGGACGCCAGCUCCCUUGGCUAAUAAAGCAAGAUGAGUGCCGCAACCCCAGAGUCAUUCGCAACUGGACCUAAUGGUCAGGGGUCCCUUUACCUUUACCUGCCCAGAUGACAAGACACCCCCACCACCAUCCCGGCCUCACUGAUGUGGCCCAAAGGAAAGGAAAGCAAUAUGUUUGGUACCAGCUUAGCUACAAGAAUUGCGGAAGGAGGCAUACACUUCUUCCAGCAAUUCUUCUUUCUUUCUUUUAGCUGUUGCAGCUAAAACAACAAGGAGGAGACUUCUGGCAAUUCCAGAAAGUUAAAGUGGCAUAAGCUUUCAUGGGCCAAAUUCCAGUUCCCCAGAUGAAUGAAGUAUAAUCAUAAACUGGCAGGAUUAUAUACACACACGGGUGGUGGAGAGGAGCAAGACCAGAUGGAAAUGAAUUAUUAUUAUUAUUAUUAUUAUUAUUAUUAUUAUUAUAUAUCCCGCCCAUCCGGCUGGGUUUCCCCAGCUACUCUGGGUGGAUUGUAACAUAUAAAACACAACAUUAAAAAAACCAAGAUAAACUAUACAAGCAACAAACAAACCAAUAAAUCAACAAAAACCAAUAACAAUAAUAACAACAAUAAUAAAUAGUUUACAGUUAUAUCCAAAUGGAAGUAACCGCCAACCCCAAUUUAACAUUUAACCAACACCAACCCGACAAAAAAUGAAACAGAGGAACCAAAAUUAUAACCAUUUAAAACAUUUUAGCCAGUUGCCCCAACCCAGGGAGCAGGUCUUUCUUCCAGCACUCAGGCAGCAGCAAAAGAACAGUGAUAAUUGACACAAACAAUUGACAAGUCAAUUUCUAGUAAGGUUGCCAUGUUGCUUGCUUGUAGCACUUCAAAUAAUGACCAUGGCUCUGUGGUAUAAAAUAAUUAUAUGAAUUGUUUCACUGUGUCCUUUUAAGGCUCUUGUAACCAGAUGACCCUAAAAUUAUAAUAAUAGCAAUUUCCCAUAAACUCAAGAAGUGACAUUUCAGAUAGGCCUUUCUUCCCCUUUUAGCUCCCUGCAUGUUGAUUUUCUAUUUGAGCCUGGACUUCCUAAAGAUUUUUCUGUUUAAUAUUUUGGCAGCUAUUCAGCUGAAAAGCCCAGAAUUGCAUUCCUCUGCCUUUUCUACCCAAUCUGGAGCAGCAUUCGCCUUCUGGUUCUUCUUUUGGUUCUGCUCUAUCUUGUCUACUGUAUUGCUUACUAUGUUCAUUCUUUUUGCCACAUGCUGCCUGCAUCUGUCCUUCUGGCCCUUCUCUUCUGGCUUUGUUUGUCCAGUCUCCCAGGCAUCACCAGGCAUCUGCUGUCUCCUCAGAGUGCCUCCUUUUCAUUUGCAAUCUAUUUUCACAUUCUGUUUUCCUGAGCUGCUCCAAUAUGUUGUGCUGGCACAGGGGAGCAGACCUGCAAAUUGAAAUUCAGCAGACUAUUUUUGUAAGCGUCCCUUUGCAGACACAAUGACGUGCAUGCUAAAGAAGGGAGCUAAACAGCCAGCCAGUUGGUCGCUGGAGUUUUCUUCUUCUGAGUAACUCAUGUGCCAUCUUCUGCAAAGUGAAAUUGGGGUGAGUGGGGCUUCCGUCACUUUCUCCAGAAUUGCCUUCCUGUGUGAUUACAUUACACCUCAUUUCCAGAAGGCUGUAGGUCAGUGGAAGUGCAUGUGCUUUGCAUACAGAAGGUCCAAGGUUCAAUCACUUGUAUCUCCAGGUAGGGAUGAUAGGAGAGUCUCUUUUCUAAAAUCCUGGAGAUCUACUGCUAGUACAGUGCUGAGCUAGAUGGACCAAUGAUCUGAUUCAGUAUAAGGUAGCUACAUUGGCUGAGGGUUAUUUCCGUUGGGUUGUUAGUUGAAUAUACAGCAGAUAACAGUGCACACUACUGCUAGUUCAUGGGUAGCCAGCAUGUUGCCUUCCAGAUGUUGGAUUGCAGCUGGCAUCAUCCGUUGCCAUUGGCCAUGCUGCCUGGAACUGAUGGGAAUUGGAGCUCAACGACAUCUGGAGGUCACUACAUUCACUACCCUUGCUGUAGUUACUUCUCAAAAUAACUAAUUGCACUCUGAAUCUAAAUACAAUAGUUGCACCUAUUUUCAAGCAAUAACUAUUGGAUCAGGAGUUUAUGGGGUUUUUAUCUCCUAAUGCCAUGUUAUUUCUCUACAUCUUUUUUGUGCCUGAGGGUGACUUUGUGUGUUACAUCAUGGGUUCUCACAAAAUGGUGGCACAGGGUGGAGCCAGUCACAAAAUGGUGGUGGACUUGGUGCUGGGCUUGUUAUAGUCAGCUUUUACCUAAUAUUUGAAAGGCAUUCCUGUGGCUGAAAACACACCGUGAACACACCCUAGGCAAUUGCGACUCAACUGAAGAGGCACCUGUGUGGUCAUGUUUCAGACACAAAAUGUCUAUUAAAGAUUAGAGAAAAUAUGUAAUAGACUCACAUUGAGGGAAAAGGGAGUCUUCUUUACACUGUAAUGUGUGAAAAGAAUCUAUCUGCCCUUCCUAGAACAAUUUUAGUGCUUAGCAUUUAGCAUUUGAAUGCAGGUGGGAUGAAAGCAUCACCAUUAAGUAUUUGAUUAUUAGAAAAUCUUUAACCAUGUAAUAAGCUGCUCCCAUCAAAAAACAGUGCCUUAGCAAACCCACCUUGCAUACUAAGGACAUACUGUUUUGGUUUCUAGUGGUGCUCUUGCUUGUCUUUGUCUUGAAGAAAUGUUUUUUCUUUCUACCUACUGGGAAUAUUUUUAUACUGACUGAAUCACUUUUUCUGACAAAACAGUCUUUUCCUCCCCCAAGGAAUGCUUAUUUUAUAUGCAGUGACAGCUGAGAAGGAGGCACAGGAAGGCAAGACUAACAUAGCUUUAACCUUGCCUGUAUCCAAGGCUGAAAUGCUAAAUGUUUAAUGAGGAGAAUUUACCUUCCUGCUCUUUUGCUACUGCAGAUUGAAUGGGGAGAAUGUGCUUCUUACUUCCGUUGUUCUUCCAAUUCGUUUUUGCUUUCUCUCUCUCUCUCUCUCUUCUUGAAACAGAGCAAUAUCGAGCCUUAUGUGAUGUCUGCAUUCAGAAUGUGACUUCAGUUGUGCUUGGAUUCAUGUGCUUGGUUCCAGGCAAUGGCAACAGCUGUCUCUUUAUGCCACAGGAGUUUCUCUAGUUGUCCUUUUGUAGUUGUCUAUGGUGUGUGUGUGUGUGUGUGUGUGUGUGUGUGUGUGUGUGUCAGAGAGAGUGUGUGUCUUAUAUAAGAAAUGAAAAUGGAUCUGGCAUGGAGGCUACUGGGUCAAAAUCAUAACUACUCAUUUAUGGGGGAGGGCAUAGAAUACUGUAAAGUUAAAGUGUCUUGAGACUUCACAACCUUCAUUUGAUCUUCCUCUCUUUUACAGAUCAGCAUUCUUCUGUAGCCUAAGCUAAUGUUUCCAUUCAUUGGGUUGUUAAUGCAGCACAAAUUGCAAAUCAGCAGGCAAAAUAAAAGUGGCUCUUUGCCAAUGUGGAGUUCUCUUCUCUUGUGCUUGCUUGUUAGCACCAGUGGAAUAUUAGGAAUGCUGAGAGUAUAUGAAAAUGAGCCACUAAAGAAAAACAGACAAGGUGUUUUUUUGGAGUGAGCAUUUGUUAUGGCUUGCUUUAUUUAAUCAUAGCUCUUCUAGAUAUACAUUUUAAUUAGCUGACUCUUCCACCAGUCAAAUACACUUUUAGAGGUCACUUGACGCGGGUGGCGCUGUGGGUUAAACCACAGAGCCUAGGACUUGCCGAUCAGAAGGUCGUGGUUCGAAUCCCCGUGAUGGGGUGAGCUCCCGUUGCUCGGUCCCUGCUCCUGCCAACCUAGCAGUUCAAAAGCACGGCGAAGUGCAUGUAGAUAAAUAGGUACCACUCCCGCAGGAAGGUAAACAGCGUUUCCGUGCGCUGCUCUGGUUCACCAGAAGUGGCUUAGUCAUGCUGGCUCCCUUGGCUAAUAAAGCGAGAUGAGCGCCGCAACCCCAGAGUCGGCCACGACUGGACCUAAUGGUCAGGGUUCCCUUUACCUUUACCUUUAAUUCUGUUCUGUUUUACAGUGAGUUGUGAAAAAGGAUGAGAGAGCCAUCAUCGCCUGCUGUGUGUUUUCUCUUUUAGCUAUGAGCAUUCUUCUGUAGUAUGAGUUGAUGCUUCCAUUUUAGGGGCUGUUUAUGAGGCAUAAAUUACAAAUAACUGAGCCAAAUAAAAGUGGUAAACAGAUUUUUUUCAGGGUUCCAAAAUAAUUUUGAACAGAGACAACAGCGGAGAGACCAGAAAUGAGUGCAUACAACAAGAGCGACAAGACCUCAACACUCUUAGAAACUCAAAGUCUUUCUCCAGUCACUACUCUGUAACAGUGUGCCAUCUCUCUCCCUCUUUCUCUCUUUUCCCACUUGACAAAAUAACACCCAUAAAUGGAUAGAUGAGUUGCUGUUUGAUACCAAGAGUUGCAGAUAGCUGUUCCAGUUUAUUUUUUAAAAAUAUAUUGUUGUGACAGUUUACAGAGCAGGACAUGGUGACUUUGUCCCACAGUCCUGCAAGUCAUACCAUUGCUACAGUAAAAGAAAGAUUAUUUUGGGUGACCGUAGUGCUUUAAUGAUAUUGUUUCUGGGGUAACCUGCUCUCCAUAUAAAGAGGCUACACAUAGAUACAACAGAUGUGGGGGAUUUUCCGUGCAUGACAUUGUAACGAUGGCGUAGUGCAAUAUAUUUUUUGAUCUUAGGUUAGAUUAAUAGCCGUUGUGAUUUAUCUUCAUCAUCUUAAGGGGUGAGGAACGAUUGUCUUUAGAUUAACAUAUUAUGAUUUGUUGGCAUCAGGUACAAAUUAAAAUGAAACCAUUGCUGCCUAACUUGUGAUGGGUGUAGGCUUUUGAUUGUCUUUUCCUAAUUUAUAUAUUUAUGGUUUGGUGGGAAGACUGGGUGAACACUUUUACUGUAUUAAAUGCAGCAAUACAGUUUGCACUGGAAAUGGGGCAGCCCCCAAACGUUGGGGCCAAAUUGUAAGUAGUGUCCAGUAACCCAGUUCUUAUACCUGGUAUUUCUAUAGCUGCAUUGGCUGUGAAAUAGUUAUAGUAAUAGUAUAUGGGCCUCACUUCUUAUUUUGUUUUGUUUUUUGCAAAAGUAUUCUAUUGUGUCUUUUGCCCUUUUUGGCAUCUCCCCACCAAACCCUCAAAUAGAUCUUUAAGAAUGAGAGUUGGAGAAUCAUUUUGUGUGUUUUGAUGCAGAUGAUGAAUGUGCUAAAGAAAAAGAAAAAGUAGUCCUGAAUCAUGAAAAGUAGCUAGCUUGCUUGUUAAAUCCCUGCUCUUUGAGAUCACUGGCAAAAUUCAGAAACAAAAAACAUACAAAGCAUCACCUUCCAUGACAAAGACUUGGAGUAAAUCACUGUUCCUAUAGGCUCCAUCAGGAAAAAAGAAACUGACCUGAUGGCAUUCAAGACCACUUUUUGAUGUGCUGCAUUGCAGCACAGCUUUAGAAGCCUAUUCUGCUGGGCCAAAACCCUCUGAAUGCUGAAGUUAAGUUAGCCUGUUGAAUACAAACUGUGUUCUUCAUUUCAUAGCAUUCUUUGUGUAUACCGCAGCUGCUGCAAAAGCUCCCUCUGCUGUUCGUUCUCCACAGUUGUGAGAUAUAAAAUGAAUGCCUUUUGUUGAUGUCCUUACAAACAAGUAUCAUAAGAAAUAAAUCAAAUCUACAUAGCUGACUAAUAAAUUCAGCUUGUUAAUUCUUCAUCCUACAGAUUAUAAGCUCUUGUGGGUUGUUGUUUUGUGUGUGCGCGUGUGUGUGUGUGUGUGUGCGCAUUUUUCUUUUCUUUUAUGGCAGUAUAUAUGGAACUCCAAAAUUCAGAGUUGGGGAAUACCUUUGUUAGGACCAACCCAAAUAUGUACCACAAAAUUGUGGCAAGCUUUCAAGUUCUCCAAAACUCUUCAGAGCUCUUUAGGUGAAUAUUUACUUCAUACAGUGGUACCUCGGGUUACAUACACUUCAGGUUACAUACACUUCAGGUUACAGACUCCACUAACCCAGAAAUAUUACCUCGGGUUAAGAACUUUGCUUCAGGAUGAGAACAGAAAUCGCGCAGCGGCAGCAGGAGGCCCCAUUAGCUAAAGUGGUGCUUCAGGUUAAGAACAUUUUCAGGUUAAGAACAGACCUCCAGAACGAAUUAAGUUCUUAACCUGAGGUACCACUGUAUAUGCAAAAGUAAAGUAGUGAAGGUAGGAACACUAUUCAGGUGUUGCUCCAAUUACUUUGGCGGAAGGGAGCAGGUUUUGUCUUCCUGAAUGCAGCCUGUUUCUUAUGCUCCAUUGAACUUCAAUAAGAAGACUUGAGAAUCAAGCCCACUCUUACGUGUAUAGCCAUGCCUUGGGUGACAUUUCUUGGUCAUGCUGGAGUGUGACAGUGAGAAUGAAAGCAGUAACUGUCUUUUAAUAUAACAUAAAUAAAUCAGUAUCCUGCCCUAUAAUGAUGUAGUGCAAUAACCCAAAGUUAUGAGUGUUCUAACUAUUUAGGGGAAAGCAUCAGACAUGGGAUAUUGCUUGACAGCCCACUCAGCUGUGAUGAAGGACACUGAAGGUUGAUUCCACCUGGGUUUCCAUGUUAUAUAAAAGUAUUUUGUAACAUUUGGGGCUUUAUAUUGCUGUUUAUAUAAUCAUGUGAGGGGUUUUUUUAUAGGCUUGGACCAAUGAAGCAUGAGUGGGACUCCGCCCAUGCAACAGGCUUUCCUGCUGCGCAUUAUUGCAUGCCCUGAAAAGCUUCUCCUGAGGGAGAGCCUGUGGAUUGCUGUGGAAUGGGAGGUUGCGGGCAGCUGCAGCAGGAGAGGAAUCAGCAGAAAUCAUUGGUAGGCAAUUGCGUGAGCAGAAAUGCCUUCCCCUCACACAAGAGACCUUUUCUCUGCUGUAAAUUCCCCCUUUAAAUUCUUCCUAAAUGAUAUGAAGCCUACCGAUGAAGAAAAAUAGAUUGAAUAGGUACUGAGGAAAUGGUUUAAUUAACUGAAGUGCAUAUCGUUAGGAGUCUAAUUAAGAAUAUGCAAAGGAGAUUAUUCACUCAUUUUGUACGCAUGUUCUCCAUCAUUGUAUAAAACCCAUUUCAAACAAAGAAACUGGUGGCUCCUUCAAAUGUACCUUUUGUGUAUUUCAUUUCAUCCUUCUGGAUGAAACAUGGAACUCCCAUGAUUCAUCCUGUUGCCACAAAACAUCUCUACCCUGUUUGCAGUGAUCUAUCUCUAGCAGCACGCAAAAUCCACCAAUCUUGUUUACCAUUUUUCCAGCAUUGUUCUAAGUGAUAAGGAACAUUGUUCUAAGUGAUAAGGAACACCCGUAGGCAGUGUUUACUGGGAAGUAAGGAGCAGCGGCAAGGUGCUGGAGAGCAGAGUUCUCUUUGAAUGUUGUACAGCCUUCCCUUCACCCCCUCAGACAGGCUGCCACCCUCACACACUGAUGGACUGAUGGAAGCUGGAGUUCAGCAACAUCUAGAAGGCCAUAGUUUCAUCAACCUUCUUUAAGGAUUUGGGGGAUCUUUCACCUUUCAAAGGAUACCUCAGGAUGAAAUGUUAGAAAUUACAUUUCACGCCUACCACGUCUGAUGGGUUUUUCUCCCUUUAGGUGUUGACUGCACCGCAAAUUAAGUCAAUCUGUCAAGCAAUGUUAGAGUCUGGGAAACAGUAUGCUCUGAGGAAGAGAAAACCAGUUCCACUCAUGUACUCUUACUAUGGAACAGAAUACCUUGGUGAGUAGCUUAAAAUUAAAGCUUCUAGGUGUAUUCCUGCUGAUUUUCUAGCAAAUUUCCAUUGCAUUUUAAUGGUGCAGGAUCUAAGAGUAAGCCUGAGUAAGUCCCAUUGACCUAAACAGGGCUUGAUUCAGAGGAGACAUGCAUAGAAUUCCACUAUGAGAUAUCAAAUCUGUGCACCCAAAGAAAUAUAAUAUACAGACUGACUAUCUAUCUAUCUAUCUAUCUAUGAGGACCCAGUGCUUUUUUCCCCUUAAAAAUCUUUAAAGGUACUCUCAUUUUCCUACUCAUAUUGAAAUACUGCCCCUCAAUGAGGCCAAACUUAGAUUCACAAAAUGUUUAGGAGUAUGCGUACCCCUGCAUCACCCCAGAAAAAAGUACUGUAUGGACCAAAUGCACAUCCUUUGUUUUCACUGUCAAGUGUUCAGAUGGAUCAUCAGUAAGAAUUAUUUUAUACUAGGGAGUCAAAACAAGAAACCUGGCUAUGAAGUGGUCUACAUGAGCAAUAGGUGAGGAUGAGGCUAAAAAAUAGUCAGAUCUAGAAACAUUCAACUGGGGGGGUUUUGUCCUGAAAGACAUACUAGGAAAUAUUGUAUAAAAAUUGAUAUAUAUGCAAGCAGAAAUCUUGUCUUUAGUGGUGAGCCAGAACAGGAUAAAUUCUGUUAGGCAAAGCUUUUCACCCUUACAAAAAAAGGGCACCAUAUCAGCAGUCUUGUGAGGACAGGGGUGAAAAUGUUGAGCUCUUUUUUAAAAUAACAAAAGCCACUUUGAAGGUUACUCGCUGCACGAUACUCUGAAGGAUCCUCUUCAUCUCUGUUGCCAAGCCCUUUGUCCCUUCCAUUCUCUUGUUUAAAUCAUUUGUCAAAUGAGGGAGAGGGUUCACACUGUGCAGUGUCUGACACAAAAUGUACCUUUUCUUUUGCAAGAGGUGGCUUGCCUUUGAGUGGAGCUUGAGCCACCCAACAGCAGGUUUCGUCCAAGAUGCAAAACCCUGCAAAAAUUCAGUGCACCGCAACCUACUUUAUUGUAACUGUUUCUGUUCUUCACAGGAGCUGCUCAUGGCCUUUCAUCCAUCCUACAGAUGCUGCUUUCCUACUAUGAAUAUAUUCCGCCUGCUGAUCAGGAACUAGUAUGGCAGAGUGUUGACUUUCUUAUGGAUCAAGAGCAGAAUUGCAACUGGCCUCCAGAACUAGGAGAGAUGAUUGAACGGGAGAAUGAGCUUGUGCACUGGUGUCAUGGCGCUCCAGGUUCUUCUCAAUGUAGAUGCUGUGAAGUAGAUGCCAGAAAUUAGUCAUUAAAACACAAUUUCACCCAGUGCUGUUUUGCUGAGAAACAGGCCAAAUUCUAUCCAUUCGUAACAUUUGAUGUGAGGCUGCCACAUUUUUAACGUUACGCUCUUACUUAAAUAUUUUGUAUUACUGAAGUGACUAGAAGAUCAGACAAUGGAGGGAGCUCUCAAAACACAUAGAGAUUCCUUUGCUACUGCAGCCAUUAGAAAUCUGAAUGCAUUGCAGCGUAACUUGUUCAUGUGACUAUGACAGUUUACUUGCAUUACCAGAAUCCGGAGCAUCCUUUGAGGGACUUCUUUCUGGUGGAAAUUGACGCAGAGAGCAUCAUGGUCCUUCUGGGACUAAAACCUACUCAUGAAGAAUCAAACAGGGUCAAUCACAUUUGUGAUCGGCCCUAUUCAUUCUUUUACAACAUCCCCUCUGUAUAUAGUAAUGCAGCUCAGAAUGCAAUAACAGCCUGAUAAACUGCUUAAUUGUGCACUGCUGCAUGUCUAGUGGAUUUGCAGCAAUGUAAGCAACACAAACAUUCUUUAAAUCCCACCUUCUGCAAAGUGUCUCCCCCCCAAGCCUUUUUAUUUAUUUUAAAAGCCCACCAGUGAUCUUUGCUAUCAUCUAUGCUACCAGCCCCUCCUUAUCAUCCCACCUUUUCCUGCCCAUAAUUUAGAUUGCAAACAAGCAUCUAGGCAGGUGCCCCCCCCUUAAUUGCAGUAGGCAAUAGGGAAGGUGUGGAGAACAUUUCACCCUGUGGAUGUUGCUGAACUGCAACUCCCAUCAGCCACAGCAAGCAUGGCCAAUGGCCAAGGAUGAUGGGCAUUGUAGUUCAGCAUCACUUGGAGGGCUGCAAUAGGGAAGCAGGUUAGUGAAGCAGAGUACUUUAGUGAGGAUAGCUGGGGAUUUGAUUUAAUUUUAAUUAUGUUCUUACAUUUAUAUUCAGCUUUUCUUUUCUCGUGGAAUCAUGGUUCCCAGGCAGUAACUGGCUAGACCUGCUUGGCUCUUCUCGUGCCUUCAGAAUACAUCUUAUCUGUCUAUCCAUCCUACUAUGAAUUAUAUCAUUCAGUCAUAAAAUAAGAUGCCUUUUCAAUUUCAUUGUUCCGCAAGGGACAAUGACAAUAAAGAUAUCGUAUCGUAUCGUACCUGAGUGGGCAGGGGCGGGCUUUUAAAACUGAAAAACAGUGAUUAUUUCUGUUACCAGUCAACUAACCUGCACUUCACACCUAUAAAUAUGAAGGAGAGAAUACAUAUGAUCUUAUGUAGUAAUUGUUCCAUUAUUCAUUUCUUCACUGGUACUUACAACAUUUCUUUGGUUUGCUAUUUUCCUAGGCAUUGCAUACAUGUUUGCAAAAGCAUACUUAGUUUCUAAGAAGCCCCAAUAUUUAGACAGUUGUAUCCGCUGUGGAGAACUAACUUGGCAGAAGGGACUACUGAAGAAAGGACCUGGAAUAUGUCAUGGAGUGGCUGGCAGUGCUUACGUGUUCCUGCUCCUAUACAGGCUAACUGGAAAUUCUAAGUACAUCUACAGAGCACAAAGGUUUGUUCUUUAACAGAACCUCUUUGAAUAUUGGUGUAAUCCUUGUUCGGCGCACUUUUUUGUUGUAGAUCAUAUUGCUUUUUAAUGCUCCUUUAAGUUUAAGCUUCUUGGAGGUAACAACGUCCCUGUUGUAUUCAGACUGAUUUCUCAGCAGUGAAGAGAAGAGACCUAAAAUACUGUUAUGCCUCCCUAAGGACCAAGUUAGAUGUACCAUUAAAAGCAUUUUUCCAUUUAAUGGACUUGUGAAUUUUUUAAAACAUGGAAAUACAGUGGUGCCUCGCAAGACGAAAUUAAUCCGUUCCGCAAGAGUCUUCGUCUAGCGGUUUUUUCGUCUUGCGAAGCAAGCCCAUUGACGGAUUAGCGCUAUUAGCGCUAUCAGCUGUUUAGCGGCUAUUAAAGGCUUAAAGGCUUAGGGGAUUAGCUGCUAAAAGGCUAUUAAAGGCUAUUAAAGGCUUAGCAGAUUAGAUAAAGGGGGGGGGAAGCGAAAAAAAAUCUCAAGACUCGCAAGGUAUUUUCGUCUUGCGAAGCAAGCCCAUAGGGGAAUUCGUCCUGCGAAGCAACUUCAAAACGGAAAACCCUUUCGUCUAGCGGUUUUUCCGUCUUGCGAGGCAUUCGUCUUGCGGGGCACCACUGUAGCUGCUGUAGGGGUCUCCUAACAGCAGAGGUGGGGAGAGAGUAUAAACUCCCCCCCCCAGCUGUAAUACUAUUUUUUUAAUAAAAAAAACCUGGACACUGCUAUUUUGCAUUGGCAUCAAUAGGAGCUUUUCCUCCCAAUGCAAAUAGCAACAUGGGAGGUAGAAGAACAUGUUUUUAAUUGGGAUCACAGCAGAAGACAAUUUGUAGGAUCACUUUCUGAGGUAGUGAUAUUGCUCUCCCCCCUCCCCCCACACAUACAUGCACGACAGCUAUUUCCAUUUUUUAAAUAAAAAAAAAAUCAUGCAAAUAAAAUGCAAUAACACAGUUUUAAUGUCACAUGUGGCUUGGCCCUAAUACUCCAAGCAGUGAGGAGCAACUGUUUAGUUUCUUUUGAAUGAGAGAGCACUAGGGUGUUAUGGCAUUUCUGUGAUAUUUUCGUUAUUCAAAAAUAUAAAAGCAGAGCAUACACAUGGAAGCAAACAGGCACUCCUCCAAGUCAGUAGAUCCACUUCACCACACCAGAUCCCUCACCCUGCACCCCAAAGUACUUCACCUUGGGCCAACUCACAGCUCAUUCUCCAUCUCAGCCUCUGUCUCUGUGGUCUCUUCAAAACUGCCAAUUCACAGCUCUCUCUGUCUCCUCCUCUGAAGGUGAAUUGCCUAUUCAGGAAACAUUCACGGCUAUUAAACAACAUUAACAUUCUUUUGCCAAAGGUGCUGACUCCUAUCAGUUGUCACUUUAAGCAAAACUAAAGUGAUAGACCCAAUUACUGGUGUCAUUCAGAAUAGCACAAUAGCUCCUCCAUGAGGCUUUUGGAGCCCUCUGACUCCAACGGGCUAGGAAGCCAGAUAAGCCCGAAGAAACAGGACAAAGGAUUGUUAUCUACAGCUUCCUGUUUCUGGUGCGCUAGGAAUGGAGUCUUCCCCAACACCAUGGGAGACAGACAGACAGAGAUAAUCAGAAAUGGAUGGGGAAAUUUCAUUAUCUGCAUUCGUCUUCGAAUGAAAGAGGAACCAGGCUCUCACCUGCAGUUUGCCUGGUGGUCUGGCAUUUGCUUCCCCAUGGAAUGCGAGGGCAAGCAAAGGCACCGAGUGCAUGGAGCACUCUGGCUGCCGUGACCACCCCCCCCCAUCCUGUUCCUGGAAGCACAGGUUUUCCUGCUAAUUGGAUUUUAAUUGGAGUACACUACAGACAUGUGCCAGAGAUGAUGAAAUUAAAAACAGCAAAAACAACCCAGCUCCAAGGAUGUAAAAGGUUUGGACUGAGAGCAGAUUUCAUUCGGUGAAAGAGGCAGGGGAGCCCACGGUUUGCUUAUUUAAAGCUUUUUUCUACAUUUAUGUUAUGGCAAUCCUCCCCAGAAUGCAAGUUUUAUUAAAAAUAUCCGCACAAGUGAGGAUGGAAGAAAUUGGAAUAUAAUAUGGAAUUUAACAAAACUGGAACUGUGUGUGAGAGAAAGGAACUGAGAGGGAAGGGGGGUGGAGAAACGAUAUGCUUUGAAACUAUAGAGCAAAGUCCUCCCUAACCUCCAUUAUCCACAAAGGAAUGUAUUCGAGAUAAUGAUAAUUGGCCAUAAAUCAGCGACAGGGAGGAAAGGAGUCUACCACCUAUGGGAAUACAGUGGUACCUUGGUUUACACACUUAAUCCAUUCCGGAAGUCCGUUCUUAAACCAAAACCAUUCUUAAACCGAGCCAUGCUUUCCCUCAUGAGGCCUCCUGUUGCCGGUGCCCUUCCACUGUUCGGAUUCUGUUCUUAGACCAAGGUAAAGUUCUCAAACCAAGACACUAUUUCCGGUUUUGCGGAGUUUGUAAACCAAAUCGUUCUUAAACCGGACUGUUCUUAAACCGAGGUACCACUAUAGAUGUUUUUGGAUUAACUAUCUGCAGUCUGGAUUCAGACCCUUCUUCCUAGGCUGGAAAAAUGGUGACGUCGGCUUGUUUAUGGAAGUCGAAUCACGGGAUGAAGCAAUGCAGUGACUUUUAGAAACUGUGAGAUAACAACUUCUCCUGGGGCAUGAUGGGAACCAUCAACAGUUGCAGAAAUGAACAAUACAACACCAUAUAUGGAUGGGGAAACAUCAUGGCAAAAACUUUCACACACAGGAAAGAAGAAGGAUUAUAGCUAUAGUUCCUCACUUGAAACUUUACAAAUUAUCUGUUAUACCAACAUGAAUAGAAAUCACAAGGUUGAAGCUGCUAUAUAAGAGAUUAUUAUAUCUGAAUGGAAUGUGAUGGAAAUUAUCAAAACUUUGGAAUGCAGAAGAAAUGUAGAAGAAUGAACUCAUUAACUAUAGCAUGCAAGGGGGCCAGUUUAAUUAAAUUAUAUAAUUUGACACUUGAAUAAUUGGUAUUAAUAAUUGUAUUAACUGGAUAAAAUUGAUAUUGUUAUAAUGAGGCUAUUGGAAUGACACUGGAAAAUUAUAUAUACAUAUACAUAUACAUAUAUAUAUAUAUAUAUAUAUAUAUAUGGAUUGUUAUAUCUACAUCUUGGUAUUUUAAAGUUUCUGAAGUAGUAUUUUGUAGUUUGGCUUUGGAAAGUAGCUAUGAGUAUUAAUAAACAUAUCAAGACAUAGGCUUCUUUUCACCACAGAAAACCUCGACUCUUAUUUCUUGCUGUCUCUAUGAUCAGCCAAGAGCACCUUCUUAAUUUCUGCAUCAAAUUAAGGCAGGAAGGACACAUAAGGAUGCUUUUGAAGGUUGCACCACAGCUAUGGAAGCUAGGACAGCUUUUCAUCCCAAAGAGAGUCAUCCUUUGAAGGCUUGGUCUUGGAUGCAUUUCAUGAUAAUUGCAAAAAAACAAAAACCCUAAAAACAAAUCACACAUUUGCUGGUUCAUCGUGGGUGGGGAUGUGUGUGUUACUUUGCUUUUGUAUUAUAGAGAUAUGAGUAGUAAAGGUUUUGGUAGAAACUGCAACCUGAGGUUUUUUCCCGUGGCAACCAAGACACCACUAUCCUUAAUGGAGUUUUGUGAUUCCCCCCUCCCACCCAGAUCUAUGGAGCUCAAGUUGGGAUCCAGGAGGUCACCUAGUCCAACUUCCACAUUGGUUUUUUUUUUAAUGAUAUUUAUUACUUUUUCAAAAUUUCCAACACAACACUACAAACAAAAAGAAAAAGAAAAAAAGGAAAAAAAGAAAAAACAAUACGAAUACAAUACAAAAACGCUACAUGGACUAACAAAUCAAGCAAAAACAAACAAAAACAAUUUAAAAACACCUCAAACAUUUUCAAUAUCUUAUAUUUCAUUCACUUAUUUCCAGCGACUUCCUCACACCUCCCUUUUUGUAUUCCACUUCUAUUAUUUGUUUCAGCAAUUCCUUUCCAUCUUACUCUGUUUUCUGUUCUAUAAUUAUCUUAACACAUUCUUGCCAUACUUUUCCUUUAAUUUUCUAUUAAUCUAUUUAUACUUAAUUCCUUAUGACAUUUCUACUAAAGCCAUGUAAUUUCAUUCCAACAUUUUUCUAACAUUCCUUAAUUUUACAAUAUUUCUAUAAAUAGUCUUUAAACUUUUUCCAAUCUUCUUCCACCGACUCUUCACCCUGGUCUCGGAUCUUGCCAGUCAUUUCCGCCAAUUCCCUAUAGUCCAUCAACUUCGUCUGCCAUUGUCCAACACUUCAGUGUUUUCAAGAAGCAACCAUUCUCUCAACCAGCAAAAGGCAGAUGGUUCACAAUGAAAUUUAAAGGUCUGGCAGGGCAGGCCCACCUCCUUCUUUAGCAUCCAUCAAUAUCUUAAGCUUAACUCGAGGCUUCCUGCCCUGCCAAACAACUCUAGGAGCAUCCCUCUGCCACCUCCUGAGACCCUCCAUCCCAUCCAGAGCUUGCAAUGUUUGAAACAAAAGCAACAUCCCCAGCAACACAGCAGCCCUCAUCCCCACCACAAUAACUCGGCCCAACAGUAACAACUUCUGAUUUGUCCAUAUUUCCAAAUCCCCCUUCUCUUCAAUCCAACAUCCUUCACAGUUGUCCUUAAGCAGAUUCACAUUUUUGGCGGUCAUACUAACCCCCAAAUACUUCUCUUUCUCAGCCAAUGUUAGUCCUGUCGCCUCCUGAAACUCUGUCAGGCUUUCCUUUUCCAAUUCAGAUAGGGCUCUGGUCCUCAAAUUCAUCCAUUCUUCUUUAAGUUCAAUCAUAACGAAUGUCAGCUUAUGUUCAUCAAGUUGUCUUUGUAUGGAUGGGACUCUCCUCUCCAGUUGUGUUACUUUAGAUUCAGCAGCAAGGGUUUUUUCCUUGACUUCAUCUGCAGUUUGCCGUAUCAGAGUAGAUUCCUGUAUCAGUUUCUGGGUGGUUUCUGAAUUGGUAUUCACCUUUUGUCCCAAAUUAUUUAAACUUUCUACAAUUAAAUCAGUUUCAAUAUUUGCAACAUCCAAUUUCACAUUUAUCGCAUCUGUUUUCUUAUGGAGUUGUUCCAGCGAAUCGUUUAUUUUCAAUAAUGCAGCCACUAAGGCCUCCUCUGUCGACAUCCCGUCUGUUUUUUCCUUUCCGUUUGCCAUAACACUUAAGAGAUUCAAGGUCAAUUCCAAAGUCUCACACUUUUCUUAUCUUAUCCCCUAGCCCAGCUCCUAUAAAGUAACCAAUUUCAAAAGCUUCCACUAGGGGAAAACAGGUUGUAUUUGUAUCGGUCAAUAUGUCCUCUUUUAAACACAGUUUCAAUAAUCCGAAGUUAGUUUCAAUUUUCAGUUACUUUCCUCCUUUUUUAAAAACAACCGGAAACAGUAGAAACAAUGUAUUUCUCUUAUUUAGCUAGCUGUCAAUGAACGUUCUAAGCGCUGUCAAUGAACAUUCAAAAAAAAAACCCAACCCCAUCAGUCUUACUAGCAGCCCGUUUCCAGGGUCAGAGCGGCGGUGUUAUAAGCCUCUUCGCUCUCUCCCGCAGGCGUACUCAAUCAGCAACUUCCCCCUCUCUUCUCCUGCCUCCAAGAGGGGGUUUAAUGUUCUUUACCGUUGGAAAUUUGAUCUUUUACAAAAGACCUUCCAGGACUCCAGCUUGCAACUUCGUUGCCUCAGUCUAUUUACAAAAAGGGAAGGCGGACUUCCUGUUUUGAACCGUCCCGUUACGAUACCAAAAUAAACUUUUAGAGAUCCAAUUCUUCCGUUUCAGCUCUACUCACGGGUAAUUACUUUAAAGUCAAAUUGUCCACAGGAAAAGGUCAGCGCUCUCCGGCAACAGCUAUGCGGCUUCGCUCCGUGGAAGAAGCAGACGAUUCGAUGCACUGCGCCGCUCACCCCACGUCGCUCCGGAGCCCCAAAAACCGGGGUUCCCCGCGAGUGGGGGAGGCGCGAAAGGUGCCCGCCGAAUCCCACGUUCACAGGCUUCUCCCGCCUGUGAUUUUAACGGGUCUCCGCCUUCGCCGUGGCGGCCAGACCCAGAUUUCCACGGAGCAGAUUCCUCCCGGUCAGAGGAAUUCUGCCAUUGCUGGAGGCGCCUCCCCCGGAAGUCCAACUUCCACAUUGCAACACGUGGUCCCCCAUCCAAUUUGAAACCAUACCAAGACAUAGCUUAGCUUUGUAAAUGUGCUAGCAGUUAUAUUGCUGCCACACUCUUUCAUUGAAGUUAGUGGGUUCUGGUGGGCUGAGGAGUUUGCAACAAUGCAGCAGUGCCAGUGUUCGCUCCAUGUGUGAGGUGUGGGGUGGUUUAAAAAUGGUCUGGAUGCAGCCGACCACACAGCCAGGAAAUGAAUCUGUCCAUAACACAUAAGAACAUAUUUGAUUAAAUCUGGUUCCAAACUGAGGACAAUUUUGAAUCCGGCUUGAAAUAGCAACAUGUUGACAUUACUGUACAGAGUAACUCUCUCUUUUUUGUCUUGGUUUCUUCUUUCCCUUAGGUUUGCUGAAUUCUUGUUUACUGAAGAAUUUAAGGCUGGAUCCCGGGAACUGGAAAGUGUUUACAGUCUGUAUGAAGGUUUCUCAGGGACAGUUUGCUUCCUGGUUGACUUGCUACAGCCUAACCAAGCUGAAUUCCCCCUCUUCAGUGUCUUUGUGUAAAAUGGAACAUGUUCCACUGCCGGGACAGGAUAAAGGCACUGUUUCAGUUCACUAUCAAGGAAAGUGAUUUUAGAAUAUGUCCAUUUCUGCAUUGCCACUAAUGAGAUAGCCUUAACGUUGCAGGGUGCGGGGUGGGGAGAGCAGGUUUAACACACACACACAUAUAUAUUCUGGGGCAUGGGAAGGGAAGCAUGUGGUUUAUAAAUAAUAGGUAGCAAUUUUAUUCGAAGGUUAGAAAAGGGUCUGGCAUUUUUACAAAACUGAAAAGGAAUCAAAAUUCAGAUGAAUGAAGGGAAGUUAAAUGAAGUUCACAAAAACUGACAGCGUUCUGUCUUCCACAAGGUAGAUUGGUUAAAGGACAAAAUGCAAAUUUGGAUUUCAGAGAAGUGCAAGUGGGGGAGAAAUGUGAACAAUGCAUUAUUUAAAAGCACACGAAAAGUAUAUUUUUAUGGUACAUUGGCACAUUCUUUUGGGGAAGGCAGGCAAUAAGAAAAGUAAAACUGUCAAACAUGUUUGACAUAUUCCAGAAAUUCAUAUUAGGGCAAUGUCUUUAUUAGGCCAACCAAAAUGCCACAAAAGAGCAUGCCGGGUUUUGAGCUCCCCAGAAUUCUUCAUGAGGUUAGGUGGCAACAACCUGGGAGAAAGCUGCCCAGCAAGAGUCUUAAGAUGGAGUGUAGGAGGUAGCAGACAUUCAAAUAAAGCCCAUUUUACGUACCUUGCAGGAAUCAAGCUCCAUUGUAGCCUCCUGGCAAGGACUAACUCAUAAUGGCAAAGUGCCCUUAAGAGAUGGGAACUCUGCCAUUGUUGGCUGGGAAUGAAAGGUGCUAGUCCAUCAACACCUGCAGGGCCAGAGGUUCCCCACCUCAAUUCUAGGUCACUGUUUCCCAGUGUAGGCAGGUGAAAUUGUUGCCUUUGCUUACCUCUUUGGCAACAGGUUUUCUCCCCUCAUUCUAAUCCUCAGCUAUAGUAAAAUUGCAAAAUCCUGCAACAGAGAUGGGUGCUUCUUAUUGCACGGGUCCUCAUAGGAUAAGAAAAUAAUCUUUGCUGAUGAGCUACAUUUGGUUUCAUAAUAUAUAUUAAACAAUAUCCCCUUGGGUUGAAUCAAAGGCUCCCUGUGGGUGAUGUUCUGCUCUCAGGAUGCUAAGGGAGCGAAGUAGAACUGGUGCAAAUUGUGCCCCGCCCCCACCGCCACCACUGGCGGUAUACAAAUUAAUUAAUAAUAAAACAACUAUAUAUUGUACAGUUUUUUCAGGAAUGGGUAACAUCUACCUAAAAUUGCAAAAACAGACUGAAACAACGCAAGAUCUUGUAGGAAUCCAAGCCUACACAUUUGUUUAGAAGUCCCUUGUGUUCAGUAGGACUCGCUGUCAAGAAAGUGUAUUUAGGAUUUCAGCCCAGGUUAAAUUCUUAAAUGUACUAGGUUGCUUCUCUGUGUAGUUAAAUAGAAGUUUAAGUAAUAUAAUGUGUUUUAAUUAUGCUUUCUUAAAGAAAAUGGAUUAUUAGUCUUUGCCAUAUAUUGUGUGCCUAUUUGUGAUGUAUAAUUCCUGCAUCCUGGUGUGUUAAUCAUCCCCUAAGGCGCUAUGGCCAUUUGUGACUCAUGAGGAACAAUCUUCAGAUCAUAGUAAAGCCAGCUAUUUUAACUAAAUGUAGAAUUCUUGAGUAAAAGUAUGAAAUAUUGUACAAGCAUUUUUUAUUAGAGCUGAGCUAUUGUUUUAGUACCAAAUAUGUACAUGUUAGUAAAUACCUAUUGCUUUUCUACAGAUUUAAAAUUUGCUAGGAAUACUGUGGUCCUAGCUUUGCUUAUAAUGUCCUCCCCUGACACUUUGUUUUUAAAUGUUACAAAUAUUCUGUGGGGGCUGGGAAAGCAGCUUCUCCCCCUUGAUCUCUCUGCAUUUUGAUGUUGUGCCAUGUAACUUAUUUCAGGGAGAAGUGCCACUGUCCGCCUCUUUACAUAAUAUUAUUUCAGUACUAGUCUGUGUAUGAACUCUUAUUCCUCAGCCAAGGCAAACAGCCACCACUAUACUAUAUUAUAUUCAAAUUGUUGACUGGAGGAGAAAAUAGAAUUUACAGGGAAUGUGUCCAGUCCAGCAGCUUAUCUCCUAAGGCAAUCCCACGUGGUCAAGUAAAGGAGGCCAAAGUGCACAUUAAAAAAAAUAGAUGACGAAGAUGUAAAAUCAUUUUAUGGAUUUGUCUUUAUUAAAAAGGAAGGCUCUUAGGAGAAUUACAUAUUAUGCUUCCACUUCUUACUUUCUGAAGUCAGCCAUACCUUGGAUCUCGAACACCUUGGCACCCAAACAAAUCGGCUCCCGAAUGAUCAAAACCUGGAAGUGAGUGUUCCAGUUUUUGAAUGUUCUUUUGGAAGCUGAACAUCCAAUGGGGCUUCUGCAGCUUCCGACUGGCUGCAGGAGCUUCCUUCAGCCAAUCAGAAGCCGCUUUGGUUUUCAAACGUUUUGGAAGUCAAACGGACUUGUGGAACAGAUUGCAUUCGACUUCCAAGGUACAACUGUAUUGCCCCAGGUGUAUUCAGUAGAGUGUGAGCUUCCCACCUCUGUGACAUGAAUAUAGAAUGCAUACCAUAGUCAGGAUCUGUUGGGUAUACAGAAAAUAAAAUUUCAGCAAAGAAAUACAUAAGUCUAACAAAUAUAACAAGUCCACAAUAUAAUGGGAAGCUAAGCCAACAAAUACACAAGGAGCUACACAAAGUCCUGUCUCAGUCUGAUAUCGCAGCCCUUGACGCUGACUUGCUCUUGCAACAAUACAAUUGGCUAAGUAGCUACCAGCGCAAAGGUAAUUUCAAGGCAAGAAACUUACAGUGCAGUCCCGUGCACAUUUCCUCAGGAGCAAGUUCCAGUGAGUUCAGUGGGACUUAUUCCCAACCCAAGUAAGUAUGCAUAGGAUCACAGCCUUAAAGCGCAAUCCUUAGAGUGUUUUCUCAGAAGCGAAUCUCUCAAAGUUUAAUGUGUUUAAGAUCGCGGCCUUAGAAAAUAACCAAAAAGAGUCUUAUACUGCUGAGAGAAAAGCAUACAUACUGCAAAGCCAUAAGCCAGCAAUACUCAGGGCCCAUGAAACAAUACAGCAUUUUUAGGGAUGUGGCUAGGCGUAUUCCAACAAAACAGCACAAAUCUUGUUUCAUCAUACAACUAUUUAUUCCCCAUAUACUGCACUUAAAGAGUUGAAUUGCCUUGAAUAUCAACUUCAAUUAUAGCAGGAUUUUAGCAUAAUUUGUGUGUACUGAUGAAUAAUUUCUGUUCAUACAGACUUUGCUAGUAGUCCCUCGUGCUAUCAAUUUGUAUGUAUACUUAAGUGCAUAUUUUCAGUGAACAAUAUUGUGAUAAAAAAAUAUAUUCUUGUGUUUACAAACUGUAGAUAACAUAGCUAUGUUAUUUGAAGAGAGCUGUUAUUAUACUUUUGGAUGAAGUUUAUCAAAGUUAUUAUUGCUUUUAGGUCUCUGUGCAUGCUCCUCACAUUUUGGCAUGUUUUGAAAAUUGUAGUUUUCACAUGUUAACCCUGAUAGUAAUUGGUUAUCAGUUAAGUUUAACUAAAGCAAUAUGGUAUAGCAGACCAUGAUAUUUAAUAUUUAUUUUACAAAGCAGAGUGCUGCUUGCUGAUCAAAAAUAUUUAUAAUGUAGUAAGGUUAUAUAGUGAUAGACCAAAAAUAUUUUCUAUACAAUAUUUGUAUAAUAUAUACAGUGGGGAUAAUAUUCUUAAAUCCCUCUGUUACAUGUAGAAAGAAACUAAUCUCAACCAUUACAUUCUGUGUUAAUCCUUGUUGCCAUUUCCCUGAUGGAGGGAAAAUAAUACAGUGAUAGUGGGCUUGAGCCUCUAUUUGGGGCUAUUUUUGGCAGGAGCUCAGAAAUACAAACAAAGACUUCCACAAAAUCUCUUAGGCCUCAUCUGCACUACACAUAGUGGUUAAGAGCGGUAGACUCGUAAUCUGGUGAACCGAGUUCACAUCCCUGCUCCUCCACAUGCAGCUGCUGGGUGACCUUGGGCUAGUCACACUUCUCUGAAGUCUCUCAGCCUCACUCACCUCACAGUGUUUGUUGUGGGGGAGGAAGGGAAAAGAGAUUGUUAGCUGCUUUGAGACUCCUUAGGGUAGGAUAUCAAAUCCAUCCUCUUCUUCUUCUACAGCAGUAUCAUACCACUUUAAACCAUCACGGUUUUCCCCAAACUACAGUUCCCAGGAUUCUUUAGGGGAAAGCCAUGACAGUGAAAGUGGUAUAAUGCUGUUUUAAAUAUGUAGUGCAGAGGGGGUCUUCAAUCCUAAAAGGUGAUGUGUCAGGGAACACUUACUUGGAAUUAAGCACAUCACUGUGAAGAUGAAGAUGAUUACAUUUAUACAGCUUCCUAUCAAUGAAUAUUCCCUGACUAGAGAAAACCAGGCCACAUCUAAUGCAUUGCCUUUGAGGAUGAUUUUGUCAUUUGUUUGUUUUAGAGCGCCCAUCAUCCAAAUAGGAUGACAAGGGGUUCAUAAUACAACAAUAAAAGAACAGAAUAACUUAAGAAUAACCACUGGAUACAAGAAAAUACUAAAGUAACUAAAAUCAGAGGAUUGCAGCUCCCCACAUGAGUACUGCAGACCACAGAACCAGCGCACACAAUGACCCUGACCAUACCUCAGUAUCAACCAAAAGCCUGGGUGAAUAAGUAGUGACUUCAGUUAGUGACAAAAUAAGGGUGAUUGAUGCACCUGUAGAGGGAAGGAAUUCAAUAAACAGACGUCGCAGCAUUAUCGCUAUAAAUGUUGGCAUUGACUGAAGUAGAUUCAAGCUCAAAAUGUUAGUAAAGACCAGAGGUCUGCUCGCAAAUGUCCAUUAACAAGUUCAUGUGCUGGCAAAGCCACAAGCUGGUGGCAAUGCGCAUGAGGUAGUCUUAAAGUAAUGUGUAUAUCUGAGAACCAGCAAAGAGCAAGAAGAAAUGUUUUCAUGUUGCUGAUAUGUACCCUUUAUUAGUUACCUCUGUCCAUUUCUUUCAGCACAUGGUAGUCAUUUCAUUAGUAUUGAAAACCCUCUGCUUUGAUACCUGCUCAGUGUCAUAUAUCGUCUCUUUACCAAACAAACUUGAUUUAUUCUUGUAGAAUCGCACCUUAAAUAAAAGUCCAUGCCAUGUUUUAAACACUGUGAUAUUUCAAAGCGUGUCUCUUGUACUCGUUUUGUAUUGUACACUGGAGGGAUAGUUAAAAUAGGGUUGUUGUUUUUUAGCUUUUAAAAGCAGUGAUCAGAAUAUUGGCUUAGCAAUGAGAGAAGAACUCCAUGUAUCCAUGCUAUUUAUAGUUAACCUAUGUGAUAUUUUGCCUUAAUUCAAAUAAAGUAUAACUGUAUUGUG